UGCGCAUGCGUGCCAGGUGCCCCUCUGACGUCAUAAUAGCACGCCGCCGUAGUCCUUUGCUUAGGAAAAUAGGAAAGCUUCUAUGGCGAGCUCUGCCCCUUCUGCGGUACGACCACCGAGGCCAAAGAAAGAGCCGCAGGCGCUCGUCAUCCCCAAAAAUGCGGCGGAGGAGCAGAAGCUCAAGCUGGAGCGGCUUAUGAAGAACCCGGACAAAGCUGUUCCAAUUCCAGAAAAAAUGAGUGAAUGGGCACCUCGACCUCCCCCAGAAUUUGUCCGAGAUGUUAUGGGUUCCAGUGCUGGGGCUGGCAGUGGUGAGUUUCACGUGUAUAGACACCUGCGUAGGAGGGAGUAUCAGCGGCAGGACUACAUGGACGCCAUGGCGGAGAAGCAAAAAUUGGAUGCGGAGUUUCAAAAGAGACUGGAAAAAAAUAAAGUGGCUGCAGAGGAACAGACUGCAAAGAGAAGGAAAAAGCGCCAGAAGUUAAAAGAGAAGAAAUUACUGGCAAAGAAGAUGAAACUUGAACAGAGGAAACAAAAAGAAGGACCCAGUCAGUCGCAGGAGCAGCAGGCCAGUAGCUCCGAGGAGGCAUCUGGGACGGAGGAGGAGGAAGAGGAGGAGGAGGACAAUCCCAGCUUCAUCAUGAGGCGAUGAGAUUGCACAGCAGCUGUCACGAGCCUGGCACAUUCUGUGUCCAGAGCCUCAGAAGACCUUGGUGAGGCCAGCAGGGAAGAAGGCUGUCUGCUCGCCCCCCACGGAUGUGAUGCUUAGGGAGUACAUGCGAGUCCCAGUGCUUGCUGCCCUGCCUGGUUCGGGGGACAGAGAGAUCUGUUCUGGACACUGCCUCGCGGGGCACCCCCCAUUCCUACUGGAAGGGGAAAGUGCCUCGCCAGCAGCUGGUGUCUGUUCUCACAUUCAAACAGCGAUGCGCUUGGGGCUGGCUUUUGGAAGGGAACAUUUUUCUAAGUAAAAAACAGAAAACCGUUAGGUUUUGUUCAGACUUGUGAAACGCUAAUUACCAAAGCUGUAGAGAGGACUCAAGAUUCAGCAGGUCCUGUGAUGUGGACCUACUCCUCCUGGAGAGCACAGACCCUGCCACACAGGGACUGGGCCAUACCAAGCCACGGGAAGGUAGCUCACUAUACGGCAAGAACUGUUGGGGAAGCUGGGUGGUUAGAGAAACAACAAGGGAGAGAAUCCAGGCUGGAUUGAGCCAGGUAGAGACGCAGAGGGGUGCUAGCCAAACUGGAGGGGCUGGGUGUCCAUCAGGAGCUGCAUUUUCAUUUGGAAUCCAAAGUGAGUCCAAACAGAAUGGGGACUGAGGGCCAGGGAUUUAGCUCAGUGGUUCCACCGCCUGCCUCUAAAGUGCAAGGACCCAAGUUCGAUCCCCGGUACAAAAAAAAAUUCAAUUCCAGAAUUGGGACUGAAAGUGGCCACACUUCACAGUUGGAUGGAACCCGUAGGGACUGCUUUUUGCCUGGGUCACAUGGGUGCUGGGGGCAGAGGUGGCCAGCACUGUGACUGUUUCCAAGUCCACAUGUGUGUCCUGGCCAGAACAGAACCAGCACCUCCAGAGUGCAGGACACUGUGCAGGGAGCCAGGGGCACAGCGGGUGACCCAGGGCAGCUUCUGGUGCUGGUGCCUUCAAGAGGUAACCCAGGGAAGCUUUGCCCUCAGUGCCUUUGGGUGAACAUGGUUGACAGAGUCAGUUUUGAAUUAUAGCCUUUGCUCUGGUUUUGGAUUGUCUCCAACUGCUGGGUCCAUUGUGUGCCUUUUAUGGACUGGAAUGGCAUUGAGGAAAUAGUUUUUUGAGUGAUGGAAAUCAUAAGGACAUUUUCUUUUACUUCUACAACGUAGAUUUCUCUGGCCCUACCCUGAGCCAUGUGAUAUGUCUGAUAAUCUUUAUCACUUAGGUCGUUUAAGUCAUGCCAAAAUUUUCUUCCCCAAAAAGCCAAAAUGAAGCAUCAGCCUUAAUAAAUUAACACACGCUCUGGCUGUACAUUUUGAAAUCUGUAUUUCUCUUGUGUGAGAGAUUGGCUGGUUGUCUGUGACUUGUUUUUAGUUCUUCUCCUCUGAACUCUUGGUUUCCUUGUCUCCAUUUCCCUACCCUGAAAUGUGUGUCAGCCGGGACCUUGUCGGCCUCCUAACCCAGAGGUCACUGAGGUUACCAGAGGCCUGCGUUUGAGUCCUGACUUGGCUCUGAUAAUUGAGGAUGGGGCAAGUCCCUUCCUGCCUCCCCCAGGUCACCUGGCCACGCUGAGUGAGAGCCACAUUCAGCAGAUGUGUGGCCGGCUGAGUAGCUGUUGAGGUUAGGCAGAAAAUGUGCUGCCACAGUUUCUGGCCAUUGUUAGGGAUCAUCAUUACUUCCCACAGUUUAAUGAUGCUCAGUUUCCAGGGUAUUAUUUGGGAGAAAGAAGACAGUUAGAUGUCAUCAUUAAUAAUGGUGUAUAUAAGAUUGAGAGCACCCCUUACAAAACUAUAAUUAGGGGAGACUCAUGAAGUAAUGGCCUAGUGAUGGCUGGUAGGUGGAGACUAGUCUGGGACAGAACUCAGGAAUGCAUAUAACACACUCUCCUGUGCCAUAAAACCUCACUAGUCUGCAACCAUACCAUCCUGAGGCGCUGUCGUACCUGAUCUCAGAAGCUAAGCAGGUCAACAACCUACUUAGUGCCUGGAGGGAAGAAAACUUCUGUGUAAGGAAUCUGAUUCACCAACAAGGUAGGCCUCCAUUCACUCGUUGCUGCCAUAUGUACUGAGCACCCCGUGUCAGGCCAAGCUGUUCAUAUUUUUGACUACAAGAUUCAUCCACCAGCAAGUAAGGGGUAAAGCUUGGAUUUGAACCCAGCCAGAACGACUCGAGUCUGUCAUACAGAUGCUCUGUCCUGGGGAGAGGCUUGGCAGAGAGGUACCUAGGGUACCUGCUGGGGCUGUGGGCUGUAGAACCCUCCUUUCACAGGUUCAUGACAGUGGUACAUGCAUGACUGUCCCUUCAGGUGGCUUUUUAAGUAAUUUUAUUACUAAAAACGCCACCAGUAAACAUGAUUAGAUCCGUUUUUACCGCCAGUGGUACUAGUUGCCCGAUGGGAUACUCCUGCAUGUGGUUCAAACCAGCAGUAACGUGUGAGCUGCCUCAAGCAUGGGUGCCUGUGCGUUUGAUAAUACUAUAGUGCAGUGUAUUGUAAAGUGUGUAGUUGCUUCUCUAUUCAUGGGUCCCAUAUUUGUGAACUUGUACAUUAAAAUUAAUUUGGAACCUCGCAGUCCAUACUCACCUUGCUUUCAUAGUCAUUGCAGGCACAUUGUGUGGAAGUUGGAGUUUCCUGGCCGUGCAGGUGUCCCCGCCUGAGGUGGAAUAAGGCAAGGCUGGCUUGUAUCAGCUCAUCCUACACAGUAUCCUCAAGGUGUGUGCAGUGGCAGGUUUUCUGUGCUUUUUGCUUCGUCUUGAUGAUUGUUAGUGUCCCCCAGGCACAGUGCUGAGGUGCUGUCUAGUGUUUCUGAGAGCAGGAAGGCUGUGGUGUGUCUUGGGGAGAAAACUGUGUUACGGUGCUCUUGGCUGUGAGCCCAGUGUUAAUGAAUCAGCAGUUGCCUAAGGUAGCUUCAAACAGAAACACACAAGACACGGUGAUGCACAGGUCACCUGUUGGAAAUGUGGUCAGAGGCUCGCAGGAACCCACUUGUUCCCUGAGGAGCAGGGGUUCAGGACUAGCUGACAUCAUGUCUGGUGGCUUCACAGGACAGAGCUGCUGUGGAUACUGAGUUUGGGCUGUUGGAGGGUUGGGGUGAGCAGCCUCGAAGCACAGAGAAGCAUUUCCCAAAGUGGGGAACUUAACCCAGCCCCUCGCCAUAAUGCCAGCAUCUUCUCACCUGGGGAAGUGGCAGCUGUGCUGCUCAGUCCCACAGAUGUCACACUGGGACCCAGCCCUGGCCGCCUGUCCUCAGACUUCUGCUUUCCACAGGAAACUGUAUGUCCUCUCCCCCUAGACCUGCACUGCUCCCUCAUGUGGCCCUUAGCAUUGCAGAGCCUGGAGAAAGCCGAGGGAGGACUCAGGCCUGCACAGCCCCCAUGUUGUGCACCAGCCCCCAGCAUCCAGGCACCUCUGUUUCCACUGUGGUAUGGUGCAGACCCUGCAGGUCCCCUGAAGGUCUAGCUCCUCCACCAUAGGCCAACAGACAAGCCAGGGAGUCUGCUGUUACGACAGUAAACAAGGGCCCUUUUCUUGUCCUCCCGCCCCAGGCCAUCCCAAGGUCCUGUUUGCUUCCGCCUCUCCCCAAGCCAUCCCCCACUGGGCUCUUCCUCGCCAAAUCAGCCCUCGAUGGCAUGGUGGAUAGCCUUUCCCACUUAACACCCUGACAACCCCUCCUGUCCCUGCCUGCCCUCCCUUAAGUGUUGGGGUGGUCAGCACACUGCCCUCUGUCCACAGCAGGCCCUGGAGACCCUUUCUGGCUUCAGUCUUGUCCUCAUGCAUUUGUCUGAGACUUUGUCUCUCCCGCAGCCCUGCAUGCCUGAAUCCUAUCACCUGCUUGACAGCCUUGGGUGUCUAAUGGCACCUCCAGCGUAGUGUAAGAGAAAGAGGAACUUGAGCCACGGCAUUUCCCCCUCUAUCUUUCCACCUCGGUUAACUGCUCAUCACCCUUGAUUCCUGUUUUUCCUACCCCUCCCUGCAGUCCUCUAUUAACUAAGGCCUGGACCUUUCAAUUCAGGUGUCUGCCCCGUUCCCCCAGUCCACACCACCAGCUUCUGUAGCCCGGUAGUUGACACUGCCUCUGCUCUUACCCCCAUUCCCCAUGCAGCAGCCAGGGGAAUACUUUACAAAUGGAAACCAGAUCUUGUGACUGCCCGUGUGAAGUCCCCAGUGGCUUCCCUGACUUGGAAUUAAAUGUGAGCCGCAAAGCCUACUGUCUGGUACUUUCCACCCUCACCCCGCUCCUGAUGGUGUCAUAUCUACACCCUGGCACCUACCUCAGAAGCCCUGCUGCUGCCUCUUUAUUGGCCUCAGCUGAGCUGUCAGCUCCUUGGAGAAACCUCUCUGCCCACCCGCUGCCACUGUUCUUUUUCCUUCUCUUCCACAGCACCUCUCACUUAUUUACUAUCUGCCCCUUGCCACACCUACAGCUCCCUGAGACCUAGGACUUUGCUUCCUGUUCUUUGCUGCAUUCUGAGUGCCACCCAGUACUUGGGACAGAGUAGAUGCUCAUUAAAUAUCCAUUACACAGUGGAGCAAACCCCAGGGACUGCAAGCAGACAGGGAUGCUUUUCAAACCUGACAAACUCCUAAUAUGGCAGGGAGAAUGUCCAGGUAGCUGCCCACAGGUAGGUCAUUUUCAGGAGGCUGCAAAAAUGACUUGUUACAUGCAUGUAGCUUUGAAGGAGCCCCCUUAAAAAUCCAGUUCCUGGGUGAUACCCCUGAGAUUUGAUUCAUUACAAUUCAGGCUUGGAACACACAUUUUAAACAGGUGUCCUGGGAGACUGUUCCCCCACCACCACCUUGAGAAAUGUGGGCUUGGCACACAGGAGGUACUGUUACUGUGUCUAGUUCCUGUUUUCAGCAUCUUCAGUAUUUAGGGACUGAACUCAGGGUCUUUGUACUGCUACAUUUCUAGCCCUUUUUUUUAAAAAA